CAAUGGGAUGGCGUUCAUAAUUAAGAUGAAACACAACAAAGCAAGUGCCUCUUCCAACUACAACAAGCUCUUUCUCUUUUUCGGUUUUCUUCUGCUGCCUUGUUCUGCCUCUGCUGCUUGUGCCCAAGUGGAUCAUGCCUCCCUCUUGUCCUUGGCUUUCAAGCCACCAUUGAAUUGGUCUUCUUCUACUGACUGUUGCUCCUGGGAAGGAGUAAGUUGCCAGCAAGAUGACGAUGAUCACCGUGUCGUUCGUCUAUGGCUGCCUUGGAGACGCUUAUCUGGUGUUAUCUCUCCAUCUAUCACCAACCUCACACAUCUCACCCACCUUAAUCUCUCCCACAAUUCCUUCUCUGGUCCUCUCCCAAAUGACUUGUUUUCCUCCCUCUCUAGACUCCAGGUCCUCGACUUGAGCUACAACCGCCUCACCAGCCACUUACCGGUGUUCUCUUCCAAAACCACCAGCCUCGAGACUCUAGACUUGUCUAGAAAUUUGUUUAAUGGUUCAAUUGUUGUCCCGGCCGCGGCUGCAGCCACUCUCACCACUUUCAAUGUCAGGAAGAACAACUUUGCUGGCUCCAACCCCAUCUCUUUUUUCUGCAACAAUGGUAGCGAUCACACUUCCCUCACCAUCUUAGACUUGUCCUUCAACAAAUUCACUGGCGAAAUUCCACCUCGACUCGGAGCAUGUUCCAAGCUCCAAGUAUUCGGGGCAGGCUUCAAUAACCUCUCUGGUUAUCUCCCUGGUGAGAUUUUCGACCUCGCUGAUCUUGAAGAGCUCUAUCUGCCUGGCAAUCGCCUUUCGGGACACAUUGGCAAAGGAAUUGUGCUCUUAACCAAACUCAAGAUCUUGGAGCUCUCCUCAAACAAAUUCUCAGGCCCAAUCCCAAGCAACGUUGGCAAGCUUUCAAGGUUGGAAAAUCUUCGUCUCUCCACCAACAACUUCACAGGUCAUCUACCUCCAUCUCUCACCAACUGCACAAAUCUGUCCACCCUGAUUUUGAGGUUCAACCACUUGACUGGAGACCUCUCUACCUUCAAUUUCACAACUCUCCCGCGCCUCACCACGCUUGACCUCGGCAACAACAACUUCACUGGUGAGUUACCUCAAAGCCUCUACUCUUGCAAAUCACUUAAAGCAAUCAGAUUAGCCAGCAAUCAGCUCACAGGCCAGAUAUCUCCUGAAAUAGUUGCACUGAAGUCUCUCUCCUUCCUCUCUCUCUCUAUAAACAACCUUACAAAUGCCACUGGUGCUAUUAGGAUUCUAACGGGAUGCAAGAGCCUGACCGUUCUGGUCUUGUCCAAGAAUUUUCUGCUUGAGCCUGUGCCUGAUGAUGAAAAUCUAGCAGAGCUAGAUGGGUUCCUUAACCUCAAGGUUUUGGCUCUUGGUGGUUGCCAAUUCACAGGUCAAGUACCCUCCUGGCUUGUCAAGCUUAAAAAUCUUCAAGCCUUGGACCUCUCAUACAACCUCAUAACCGGUUCGGUUCCGGGUUGGUUGGGUUCUCUGCCUAAUCUUUUCUACAUGGACUUGUCCAAUAACCUUUUUGAAGGAGGAUUUCCUACUGAGCUCUGUGGGAUGCCGGCUUUGACAUCAGAAGAGACCGGUGAUCAUAAGGUGCAGGAAAGUUUUCUAGAGUUGCCUCUCUUUGUGAAGCCCACCAAUGCUCCCAAUCAGCAGUACAAGGAGCUCUCCAACUUCCGCCGAGCCAUAUAUGUGGGCUACAACCUCCUUAAUGGCACCAUCCCCAUUCAGAUUGGACAAUUGAGGCUUCUUCAUGAGCUUGACUUCAGUCACAACAACUUCACUGGCAGCAUCCCGGAUCAGAUUUCUAACCUGGCCAACUUGGAGAGAUUGGAUUUCUCCUACAACCAUGUCUCUGGUGCAAUCCCUGCUUCUCUCAAAAGUCUAAAUUUCAUGUCUUUCUUCAGUGUGGCGUAUAAUGAUCUUCAGGGACUUGUACCAUCCGGAGGCCAGUUUGAUACUUUUACCAUUUCCAGCUUUGAAGGGAAUCCAGGAUUAUGUGGCCCGCCAACCGUGCGGCUCACUUGCUCUCCUCAACCGCCACCGCCGCCGCCAGUUGGUGGAGGAUCUAGCUUUAACGGAAAGCUUCUUACUGGCAUCAUUACUGCCAUUGGUUACAGCAUUGGUUUUGGCAUUGGUUUCUGGAUUGAAAUUAAUAAAAAAAAGUUUCUUUGUAACUUAAAGUGUAUAUUUAAAACUUGUCGCUCUUUGAUCAAUCAAAUGACAAAGAGAAUACAAAAAUUUUGCACCAUAGAUCAACAAAAUAAUGAUUCUGUAAAUUAAGUUAUAUUGAAACGAAAG